AUGAAGACGUGGGUGAGAGAGGCGAUAAGACGCACGCAUCAGCCGCAUUUCGGACCCACACUAGAGUAUAAAGUAAACACAUUGCUGCUUGAUUCUGCUUUGCAGUCGACAUUUGUGCAGUUGGAUUGUGACAAAGAGACCAAAGCGUUCAUUGAUACAUGUACAGGAGGAAGUUUGUGGGAAUCCUUAGGCUCCACAAUUCUUGGACUUUUCUACUCCCUGACCGACGCGAAUGGAAUUCUUGGACGUGGUCAGAUGUUUGUGCUUUCGUACGCUCAAGUCCAGCGACUUUUUCCUCGCGAGCAACUUGUGGCAGCAAGCAGUGGAUCACUGCUUGACAUUGGGGCUGGAGAUGGAAAUGUGACAGCCUCGCUGGCCUCACUCGUGGAUCAAGUGACUACGACUGAGGUUUCUGCUCCCAUGGUGGCUCAUCUGAACACGCGAGGCUACAAUAGCGUACAAACCUGCGACUUGCAGCACGAGUUCGUCCAGUCACGAAAGCCUUACAACAUUAUCAGCAUGCUUAAUGUACUGGAUCGAGCCGACAAACCACUCACGAUGCUCCGUGAGAUCCGCGAAAUGCUAGAUCGAAAAAAUGGUCUCUUCCUACUAGCAGUAGUACUGCCAUUCUCCGCUUUUGUGGAGGUGGGCACACAACGGAUUGCACCCACCGAGAAGCUACCAAUGCAGGGUGGACUCUGUGCAGAUGGCGCGUCCUUUGAGGUGGCAGCCAGUCUACUGUUACGCAAUGUGCUCGUUCCUGCGGGCUUUAAGCUCCGUCAUUUCACCCGUGUACCUUAUUUAUGUCGUGGAGAUAUGCAUCAACCGUAUUAUGUGCUCUCGGAUGCGAUUUUCGUCCUGGAAGUCGAUACAAAUGAGAAAGAACGAACGUGA